GGGCCGCCCGUGGCGAGCAGCACCCGCGGAGCGAUGGGGCAGCCGGGGGUGCCCCUGGCCCUGCUGGGGCUAGGGCUGUGCUGGGCGGCGGUGGCCGAGCGGCACACGGUGUUCUGGAACAGCUCCAACCCCCGAUUUGCGUGGAGUGACUACACGGUGGAGGUUCGUCUCAACGAUUACCUGGAUAUUAUCUGCCCCCACUACGAGGAGGGCAGCGUGGAGCCCCGGGCCAUGGAGCGCUACACCCUGUACCUGGUGGAGCUCGAGGAGUACGAGGUGUGCAAGCCCCGCUCCAAGGAGCAGAUCCGCUGGGAAUGCAACAAGCCCAGCGCCCUGCACGGCCCCGAGAAGUUCUCGGAGAAGUUCCAGCGCUUCACUCCCUUCACGCUGGGCAAGGAGUUCAGGGAGGGGCACAGCUACUACUACAUCUCCAAACCCAUCCAUCACCACGGUGAAGCCUGCCUGAAGCUGAAGGUGACGGUGACGGGCAAAGGCACUCUGGCACCGCCCGCCCCGGCCUCGACGCAGAAAGGGAGGAUUCAGGCAGACGAUGCGGCCGCACACGUGCUGAGGAGCGUGGGGCAGAACUCGGCCAUGCGCAGCAGCAGCCGCCCCUUCACCUUCCUCAKCCUCCUGCUGCCCCUCCUGCUGCCGCAGGGGCUCUGAGCCGCCCCCCGUGCCCGGACCCGCCGAGGCUGUGACUACUGGGGACCCCCGUGUGGUCCCCGCACAUCUGCCCCGGGCGCYGUGCCCUGCGCACAUCUGGGCGAGGAAAGGAUUUGUCAGUAUUAUGGGGCCGGAGGACCCGAAGCCAUGGGAGCAGCUGAGCCCUCAGGCGUCCCUGACCCUGCCAGGAUGGUCCUGGCAGCCAGAGGCCGAGCAGGAGCCUGGAGCUGAAGGGCUGAAGUGCCCCGGACUGGAGAGGGGCAGGGGGCUGGCACCCCUGCCCUGCAGCUGAGCUCRCCCACCACUCUCGGGGCUCUCUCUCCCCGUGGUGGGCUCGGACUGGAAUGUGUCCUGCAGGCAGGGGAUGUGAGGCUGGCCCGGUGACACCGCUGAGGGGGUGGCUGUCCCCCAAGUGUCACCAGCUCGUGGAGCACAGACAGGCUGGAGAUGCCCUGCRGCCGGGGGAGGGGGGCUGUGACAAACAUCCCCCACCCCAUCCUUCAUCCCCUGGCCCUUCCCCGUCCCUCCCCUCCGCUGGGUGCCGGAGGGGCCCCCAGCACCCCCUUUGUACAGCUUUCUACCACGGAACUUUUUAUACCAUUGUAGGGAAUAAAUAACCAAAAAACGCUGAGCUGCUGAGGCGUCCCCCRCCCCCAUGGGCC